AUGAUGCAGAUCUUCGUGAAGACGUUGACAGGAAAGAAUAUUGCUCUUGAGGUUGGGAGCACGUAUACCAUCGACAAUGUCAAGGUGGAGAUCUACAAGAAGGAAGGCGUUACCCCAAACCAGCAGCGCCUCAUCUUUGCUGGCAGGCAGCUUGAGGGUGGCUGCACCCUGGCAGACUACAACAUUCAGAAGGAGCAUACCAUUCACUUGGUUCUCUGCCUUUGUGGUUGCUGA